UCACCUGUCUCUUUUGUCAGCUCUUGAAGCGUGGCACCACCUGCCGGAGUGGCUGGUGGCAGCCCUCCAUGGCGGGACCGGGCGCUGGACCCUGGGCACAGGGGGUGGUCGAUUGGACGAGCCACGAGCCAUUGGAAGUUGGAGCAGGGAAUCUCUUCAAGACCUUCCCUGGGCGACGAUGCAUCUUGGUGGCUCACAAGGGACGCCUCGUCUACGAGCGCUACCCGCCCACCGCACUGCCCUCCGAGCAGAUCGAGUUGGACAGCGCGGCAAAGACCGUGAGCGCGCUGCUUUUAGGGGUCUUGGUCACACAAGGCAAGUUGGACAUCGAUCGGCCCUUGGCGCAGUACAAGGUGAAGCCCGCAGCUUACUGGGGUGAGCAUCAGGAGUACUGGCCCCUGAUCACCGCAAGGCACUUGAUGACCCAUACCUCGGGCUUGGGCAAAGGACCUCCCGGCGUGACCUUCGAGUACAACAGCGGAGAGCACAUCCAGCAUUUGAGCGCGCUGAUCCGUGUCUUGACCUCUGAGCGCUACAGCUCACCGGUGGACUGGGCAGAGGAUCAGUUCGCCAAACCCUUGGGGCUGCAAGGACUCUUCGCCCAUGAUGGCUUGGAUGGUGAUAUUUCCAUCGGCGGAGGGCAACUCAUGAGCUGCUCGCAGUUGGCCAGGAUUGGGCAGCUGAUGAUCAACUGGGGCCGAUGGCCCCUUUCAGCCGCACCCACGUGGCCUUUGGAUUGGUUGCCUUGGGCCACGAACCGAACGGAAGUCUUUCAACUGGUGAGCAAGGAGUACAUCAGAGAGAUGACGCGACCCUCAUUUCCCCAGGUGGUGUCGACCUAUGGUAUGCUGCUUUGGAUCAACCACGCCGUCGGGCCCGACGACACCAGCUGCUGCAUGUGCACCUGCGGCGCCUGCUUCGGCGUGCCCGACCCGCCGAUCUUCGGCAUCAACGAGGAGGCAUGGUUCGCCACUGGCUACUUGACCAGGUACUUGAUCAUGCUGCCGGAGCGGGAGACCUUCGUGGUCUCCCUGGGGAUGGACCUCACCGGCUCGACGCCCUGCUCGGUCAGCUGGUCUUGGUUUUCCAUCACCUACGACGAUUCCUUCGGCGCCUUUUUGCAUUACCUGGUGAUCGAAGCUGCUUUGCCCUUUCCUGCGUCGACCACCACCCUCACCAGCACCACCUUCACGCGCACUCAGACCUCUACAUCACUCACUUCCACGACUUACACGAGUACUUCAGGUACCACUACCACCGUGGGGACUACAGCUGCAGCAGCCGAUGGGUGGCCCUGGGAUUGGCUGUGGCCAACCACCACCACUGCUGGCUGGUGGCCAUGGGACUUUCAGGAGCUCAACCUGGAGGAUUCCACGACGGCGACGACCACCUUCGACUUGUCCACGGUGAUCUACAACCACGGGACCAAAUCCAACACAUCUUUGGCGAGGAGGAAACGCAGGAGGAAGAGAAAGCAAAAAGAGCACGAAGAAGGUGAAGUGGACGAAGGAUACACUGGAGGAUCUUGCAGCUGCAGUUGUCCGGUGGACCAAGACUUCGGAAAGUGCUAUGAGCUGCCCAAAGACAUGGUCUUCGGGAAAUGGAACCAUGGACAGGAGAAGGCCACAGCGACAUCUCCCGCGAUCCGAACGAAGCCUCCUGAGAUCCGAACAUGUGUUCCUUCCCAGGAGGCCUGCAACGUCUUGGGUAACGCCUACCUCUUGUCGGAGCGCAGCUGCCCUGAUGUGGGCAUUGUCCAGCCCUGCAAAUCCAACUCCUGGGCCAUCGGCGGUGGGACACACGACCUUUGCAGCCGCACCUUUUGGAACGAGGACAUGGGCCUGAACUGCUCUCAGCUGACUUAUUGCGAGCACGCCAGAGGUCACCCUGUCUAUGAGGACACGCGUCGCUUGGCCACCUGCUCUUGCACCGUACUGCGGUGGAAGUGCGACUAUGACUACGAGCCCUGCGAUGUCAAUGACACCUAUUACACCCCUGGCUCGCCAGAGCUUGCACAGCACCUCUUGGUGCAUUGGUCGCCUCCCAAGAAACCCAAAGAAGGAUGGCCGUGGGCUAGUCCCUGGGCUUCAAUGGGACUCUUUGCUGCUGGGCUUUGUGUCAUCGCCUUGCUCCUCCUCCGCGCCCGCAGAAACGGUGUUCCUCGGACGGAAGGGGCUCCUCCAAGCUCGUACCGGCCACUGGCGGGCGAAUAGCGGCGAC